ACCGCGUGCAACCAGAAACCCUAAAGACUCCCACCAAAAACAUCACCGGAGAAUCUGACGGCGGCUUAGCAGCGACUGCUACUGCAAAAAGAUUGUUUAUCUUCUUGGGGUAUUUUACUUACCUUUGGAAGAAACAUAACGUCUUUUGCGGUAGCUAAAAGCUAAGCUCGGUCGUUAUAUAUACAUAUUUUAUAAGUACUGCACUAUUUAAAAUAACACAAUGGCAGCUGCUCGUUCACUCUCCGGCGCCGUUAAAUCUCUUUGCUCCGCCGCAUCCCACAACAUUUCUGGUUCCAUUGUCUUGAGGAGUUACGUUGCGACAGUACCAGGAUUUGGUAAGGGAGGUUCCACAAGAGUUACGGUGGGGAAGAUGGAACAAAGAGCAAAUCAAGAGGCAGAGUCUGCGUGGGCCCCGGAUCCAGUUACGGGAUACUACAGGCCAUCUAAUCGUGCGGAUGAGAUUGAUCCAGCGGAGCUGCGUGAGAUGCUUUUGAAAAACAAAGCCAAGCCUUUCUGAGGAUUUCAAUUUGGUUGGUUCCACUAGACUAUGUUGUAAGGGAUUCCUGUUUGUUAUGUUCGUCUUAAAUAUCUAUCUUUUGGAGUUUAAAGUAAAAUAAAGAUACUAUAUAUUUCAGUUCGUAUGA